AGAUUACGUCCGUCAUCGGCUCAAUUUCCUAUUGUUAUCAGUCAAGAUGGUAAUUAUCCAGGUGUUACAAAAGUUAUUUCAGCUUUUGUUAGUGAAGAAAAUAACAUUAAACAAAUCCAAAUUCCUGAUGACUUGGAUAUUGGAUCAAAAAACUAUUUUCGCAUUGCAUAUCAUUAUAAGUGGGCUAUCGAUAAAAUAUUUCUGGAUAUGAACUACGAUACGAUGAUUAUAACUGAAGAUGAUCUAGAUCUAGCUGAUGAUUUUUUUUCAUAUUUCAUGGCUUUAAAACCAAUUUUGCUUACCGAUAAAACACUUUGGUGCAUUAGUGCUUGGAAUGAUAAUGGAGGAACCAAUAUUACCGAUCGUAAACACGGAGAAAAACUUUACAGAACCGAUUUUUUCCCGGGAUUGGGUUGGAUGCUCACAGCAGAGCUGUGGAAAGAGUUGUCAUUAAACUGGCCGAAAAUGUAUUGGGAUGAUUGGAUGAGGCGGCAAGAUGUACGUAAAGAAAGAGCUUGCAUUCGACCAGAGGUUUCCAGAACUUCUCAUAACAAUAAUUUGGCCGGGAAAGGUUCAAGUGGUGGACUAUAUAAAAAGUAUUUGGCUUCUAUUCGUUUGCCUGAAAAAGCAGUUGAUUUUACGAAACUGGACUUACAUCAUUUAAUAAAGAGUAACUACGACAGGAUAUUGAAGGAGGAAUUGUCGCGUGCUUUUGCUUUACAAGUAAAUGAUUUUUUAAAUGGGCCUUUUAUUAUUACAUAUAAGACACCUAGGGAGUAUCGACGUCUUGGAAAAUCAAUCGGAUUGAUGUUAGAUAUCAGAUCUGGAAUGCCACGAACAGCAUAUUAUGGCAUUGUAACUUUUAUUAGUAAUUCACAUCGUUUCUAUGUUACACCAGAAAAGUUAAACUCUUCUGACUUUAACUUCAACCUGUUACCUUCAUCUGCUUACUACGAUGAAAAAUGGGACAAGAUGACUCGCUAUCUUGAGUUUCAAGAAACUUUCUGCAAGCCCACGAAGUAUGUAGGGAAGUGUGAUCCAAAAGAUCCAGAUCUUAUUGCUUGGUUCAAGAAAAAGAAUUUAUCAAAAAGGUUAAAGAACUGGGGAGAGAUGAUCGUAAACUAG